AUGGCCGGAAGGAUGCUCCGUUGGUCAUUAGAGCUUGCAGAGUUCGACAUCAAAUAUGAAGGAAGAAGAGCCCUUAAGGCACAGGUCUUGGCAGAUUUCGUGGCCGAAAUGGCUUUCCCUGAAAUAACAAACAACAACGCCCAGAGAUGGACCUUAUACGUGGACGGGGCGUCCAGCUCAACUGGCAGCGGAGCAGGGAUCAUCCUAGAAAACGGGGAAGGAACCCUCAUAGAAGUAUUCCUCUCGCUCUCAUUCCCAACAUCCAACAACCAAGCCGAGUAUGAGGCCCUGCUUGCCGAACUGCGCCUCGCAAACGACUUAGAAGCCGAGGAAAUUGAGGUAUUCACCGAUUCUCAACUGGUCGCAUCCUAUAUCUCAGGCGAAUAUCAGGUCAAAAGCGAAGCCCUCGCCGAAUAUCUGGCCCUCGUACGAGAAAGACUAACCCGAUUCAGGAGCGCCAAAGUAAAACACAUCCCAAGGGAACAUAACUCUCGGGAAGACGUCCUAUCAAAACUAGCUAGUACGAGGAAGAAAGGGGGCAACAAAUUUGUAAUCCAGGAAAUAUUGCCAAAACCCAGUAUUGAAUCUCCAUCCGCACUAACACUCGUAAAGGCGAUAGGGGAUACGUCCUGCUGGAUGACCCCCGUAUAUAAUUACCUAAUUAGCGACCUUCUGCCCGCCGAUCCCAAAGAGGCCUCCGUAAUCCGAAGAAGAGCCUGCUCGUACGUCUUGGUCGAAAAUCGCCUCUACCGACGAGGAUUUUCCAUACCCCUCCUCAAAUGCAUAGAUGAGGGCACGGUUCCCCACAUACUCCGAGAGAUACACGAGGGAAUCAACUCGCAACACUUAGGAGGGAGAUCUCUCGCCCGGAAAGCCCUCCGAGCCGGAUACUAUUGGCCUACGAUGCAAGACGACGCCAAGGAAUACGUAAAGAAAUGCGACAAGUGCCAUCGUUUUGGGGACAUGCACCUUGCACCCCCCAACGAACUCAAGUCUUUGUCAUCUCCAUGGCCGUUCGUGUGGUGGGGCAUGGAUCUCCUCGUCUCGUUCGUAACCGGGAGCUAUCAGAACAAGUAUCUAAUAGUCGCGGUCGACUAUUUCACUAAGUGGAUCGAGGCCGAACCAUUAGCCAAAAUCACCUCCUUAAACGUACUUCGCUUCUACAAAAGAAACAUCCUCGCCCGGUUCGGCGUACCCUUGGCCAUCAUCACCGACAAUGGCACCCAGUUCACCGACGGACGUUUUCAAGAAUUCGUCGCGAAAUUAGGAACCAAACAACAUUUCGCAUCAGUCGAGCAUCCCCAAACAAACGGGCAAGCGAAGGCCGCUAAACGAGUAAUAUUAAGAGGCCUCAAAAGAAGACUGGAUGAAAUAAAAAGGGGAUGGGUCGAAGAGCUACACAGUGUCCUCUGGGCCUAUCGCACCAUCCCACACUCCACCACCGGGGAAACCCCCUUCCGACUGACAUACGGGACAGAGGCUGUGAUCCCCGUCGAGAUACAUGUGCCAUCAAGACGCACCGAAGAGCCCCUCGAAAUAGAGGUCAACAUCGAGGCAAUUAGAGAAGAGCUCGACUUGGUCGACGAAAUUCGAACCAGAGCCGCUUUACGCGAAGCCUCGCUCAAGCAAAAAAUCACCCUAAGGCAUGACUCAAAAGUCAUUAAACGGAAAUUCAAAGUAGAUAGCCUAAUGCUCAAAAGAAACCACAAAGAUUCCCGAGAAGGCAAAUUGGCCGCAAAAUGGGAAGGCCGUGUCCGAGCAAGGACAGAAAACAGGGCAUACUACCUAGAGAAUUUGCAAGGAGAAGAACUCGCUCGAUCUUGGAACACUGAAAAACUUAAACUAUGUGAAUACAAGACUACAUUCAAAGAUCCCGGAAAUGUGCCCAACUACGGUCACGAAGACCGAGCCGGUAAUAUACUUACAGAAUCAAAAUGGGGGGCCUUCCCCCCGGAAUAA